AUGCUUAAACUCAGUUUAAAACUUUUAGAUAAAAGGAAAGAAGGUAAAACCAACCCUCGAGCCAAGUCCGAGUUACCAACUUCUUUGCCCGCUUUCGAGUGGCAAGUUACUGGUGAUUCUGGUUUAGGUGACCUUGUGGCUCAAAGAAAUAAAGUCAUCUCACCUCCAGAUGAUGCCAUAUUUGGGACCACAAAUGAACGUAAAAUUGCUGUUAAGAGAGCUCCAAUAGUAAACAAUGGUCGAACUUCAAAUGCUGAAUCUAGUCGAAUACGUUUGAUGCAAAUAAUCGAGAAUGAAGAUGCUAGAAAUAACUUUCAGGUGUAUUUAAAAUCUCAAUAUUGUGAAGAAAAUUUGGACUUUUACAUGGAUGUUGUACAAUAUCGUGAACUUUUUUCAUCUGAGAUUGAUAUAAUUAAUGAUGUUAGAGAGAUAAGCUCAACUGCUAAAUAUAUAUGGAAUUAUUAUUUAGAUUCUGACACAUCGUCAAAACCUUUAAAUGUUCCACAGGAUCUUGCAAAUCAAUGUAGACAAAAAAUAGAUUCAAAAAUGUUUACAAAAGAUAUAUUUGAUAAACUUCAACAACAUUGUUUUGACCUUAUGGUUCAGGAUUCCCUUCCAAAAUUUUUGCGUAAAUCGGUGAUGCACGAAAAUUUUUCAUCUUCAAACUCUUCAAUACCUUCUCAUCUUAAGCCUCCAUCCUCAGCUCAGAAACCACUUUUUGGUCCGAGGAGAUCGCUUUCCUCUGGUUCUCUUCGAGCAAAAAUGGCUUCAACCUUGGCAACUCUUAAAACUGCAGUUAGUGAAGUGAAUAUGUCCUCUGGACUUCAGUUGAACUCUACAACUACAGAUAAUCAAUCCCCAAAAUGUAAUAAAAACCUUAUCUCUGCACCUAUACCCCUACUAAUGGAUCAAAUUCCUCGGACAAUAAUGGCUCAAGAAAAUAAGCCAACUUCUAGUUUUAAUAUCACUGUUGCUCAAGAAAAUAAAUCAAAUUCAAGUGUUAAUACCAUAUUAGUUCAUGAAAAUAGAUCAAAUUCGAGUUUUAAUAGCACAUUCGCUCAUGAAAAUAGGUCAAAUUCGAGUUUCAAUAUUACAUCUACUAAUGUAGAUCCUCCGGAAAGCAAUAGAUCUUCUACAGUAUCUACUGAUUCUGCAUCGUCGUCACCGUCCACAAUAUCUUCCUUUAGUACAAAUUCUGUCUCAUCACGAUUGUCUUUGGCAAAGAUCACCCGUCGCGUACUCGCGCGUCGCCGAAAUUCAGCAAGUCUGGUCUCGACUCCAAAAAUUAUGGAAAUGCCAGGAUCAUAUCCGUGUGCUUCUGUUAAACUUCGUCGUAACAUGUCAACAUCUGAUUUUCAACCCGGUUCAAAAUCUCAUUCUCGGAUGUACGUUACUGACAAAACUCUUCCUCCAAUUCCUGCUGCAAAUUGA